CUUCUAGGAAGUCACAGUGGCUCAAAUCUGAUGCUAAGAAGAAACCUAAGCUAGGAAUAACUCCAAGUCCUUCCCAAGACGAUCUUCUGGGUUUAAAUUUCCAGAUAGAAUUACCCAAAAAAUCAUUGACAGUACCAAAGCAGACAAUUAAUCGUCACUCUGUGUCUUUGCCAGUAACACCUCGUACUUCACCAAAACUCGAACGCAAGACAGGUGGUUUAUUAAGAAAACUUUCUGGUACAAAUCUCAUGCAAAUGGGUGUUCUUCCUGAAAAUUCCUCCCAUUUUUCCGUUGGUCAAAUGGAUAAGAAUGAUAAUAGUUCGGUAGCACGUAGAGAAUCUCAGAUGAAGAGUGUUAACACAAAAGAUGUUGUGGAUUCAGUAUCAGCAAGGUCCAGUUCUCAGGCGGCUAAUCCGAGUUGGCUGGUUAGUUCAGGAUUCAGUAACUUUUUAAAAAAGAAAACCAAUUUGGACCACAAAGAGAUGAAUGCAAUGGCUCCGUCAUUCUAAACUGUGUUUUGGACAUGUCACUCUGCAUGCCAGAGAUGUAUAUUGGUCUGGAGAUUAUUAAAUUGUGACGACAGCUAAGAGACUGAGGUCUGCUGUCUAACAUAUCUUAAAGAUAAUAAUGAUAAUAUUAUACAAUAAUAUACCAAAGGUAGUUCUCUGAUUGGACAAUUGCACUGAUGAUAUUGACCAAUCAGAUUCCAAGAGAAUUGGAGAAUCUUAAGUUACUAUGUUUUUUGACAAUAAGUCUCAGGUUAAGAGUGUGUUAUUAAAAUGGCAUUGAAUAAAUUGCAAUGUGUGAUUUAUAACAACAAUAACAAGCUGUGAUAAAGUGAACAUAUACUGUGUGGGUAUGAGAAUCUUAUGAAGAACUAUGUAAUUUGUUGAGGUUUGACUCUACAAGGCACAUAAAAAUGUUGCUGAAAUGAUAUGAUAUUUAGAUGUCAGUUAAUAUUGCUUUAAUUGUGUUUUAAAUGUAAAAAUUCCAGAAUCAUAAACAUUCAAUCUGAAGAAAGUUGUUAGUUGUUUAUAGCAUUUUGUUUUUUUUUAUGACUCUUGUUCCUUAGCAUUUGUUUCAGAAUGUAUUACUUGAUUUGAUAUCAAAUCGGAAAGCAUAUCAAACUUGUCAUAAAGUUAAUAUAUAUUAAUAUUUUAGUCUAUGAGUGGGCUAUUUUCAGACUAGUAGGGUAGUUAGUUUGUAACAUGUCUGGAGUGGCCAGCUGUGGUUAUAGGGAAUAAAUACAGACGCUAACACUGUGCCUACUUUUGGAAGCAAUGGCUUGGACUGGGUAUUGAUUACCAAAUUGAGAUCUAUUAUCAGUGGCAGGCUAUUGAUCAAUAAACGAUUAAUAUUCAAAAUGGUUUUAUUGAAAAGCCUUGUGAACACUAAAUUAAAAACAUGCCUAAAUUCUUAAUUUUAUGGGUUAUAUUUGCGACAUAGAAGUAUACUCUUGCUUUGAUUUGUUAUUACAGCUUAUUGUGGGUAAGUUAUAUGUUGAAGUACUUGUUAAUGGGUACAGUGGAGAAAAUGCAAUUUUGACUUCUAAUAAAUUAUGAAAUUAUAUAAUGGAUAAUGGAAAUUAUAAAGUCGAUUAUUUUACCCAGCCCUAGCAGGAACAUUAAAUAUUUUCUCAUCUUGAGUAGGACAAAACCCCACAGCAAUUAAUGGCAUAAUAGCUUAGCAGACAAUAAUCCCAUUAGACUGACAACUUUACAUUUGCCUAUUACUCAACUUUCCAUUUCUCUGUUGAUAGUUAUAUUACUGAUUAUUAGCAAUAGUGAAGCAUAUAUUAUAUUACUGUAUAAUAUAAGCCCAGUUUAUAAUCUAUGUCAUUCUGACAAGGUUAUAUUCAUGAUCAUCCAGCUGGUUAUCAGCUGAUGUUAUAUCUAGAUCAACUGGUCUUUACCAGAUCACAACAUGCCAUGUUAUCUAUUCAUUUAAAACUUUACAUUCACAAGCAAUUCAUGACUGUUCAUUGACCCUGUGACUUUGUUCUCGUCCAUAGGGCUCUAAUCAAAAAUAUGUAAUUUAGCAUUAAUUAACUGCGGACAAUUUUUGGGUUUGAAAAAAAGUUAUUCCUGUGAAGACAUAUUAUUUAUAUUGCUUGGUUAAGGGUUAUAUUAUAUUAAUUAUAGGCCAGAGUGAUAUACAUGUAUUAUAAAAAUGUAUAACUUUCAAAAUGAUAAUCCAACCACAUUCACACAUUAUUGAGAAAAUCGAAUUUUAAAACUAUUUAAUUGAAUAUCAGAUUUGAGUUCUGAUAGUUUUGGAAUUUCUUGGCAAUGUAUAGGAAGUUCCUUCUCAAAUCAAAUAUUUGUUUAAGUGGUCUUCUUCUAAACCAUGUGCUAUCAGCGCAAAAACAUUCUAAGAACCAUCAAUACUGUUCUGAUGUUUAUACUUUAAUUCAACAACAAUAUUCGGUAAUAUGCAAUCUACUAACCAAUAUCUGAAGAUAGUAUUUAGGCGUGUUAAAGAAGCCAACUAAAACCUUAUUCUUGUCUAUCUAUUGGUGCCUGCCUUCACACCUUAAUGUCACCGUCCUUGAUAGUCACACCUAUUGUAAAAAAAACUCUUAGAGUGCAGAAUCAUAGAUGUCUAUGUGACCAGAUUUAAAUUAAAUUUUUUGUGUUAGUUACCCAAUGAAUCUUUGAUGGUCGAACAGGGUUUCUUUAUUUCAAAAUUGAACAAAUCAGACCAAUGAAAAAUAACCCUGUAAUGAUAAGAAAGUUUAGCCUCUAGUUAAACUGGAUAUUAGGAUUGUUGUCAGAAAGGUUUUUACAAUUAAUUUUAAGUUAUCCCAAUAAUAUAAGAAAUUCUGCUGCGGUGUCAGAGUUUCUCGAAGUAUGUUUCACAUUAUAUUGGAUGUUUAUAUUGGUCACGUCGUUGACCUGAUAGAUAAUAAAUGUAAAUAAAUGUAAUUAUUUGAUAUGGAGGAAGAGAAUACAUCAUCCUGUAAGAUAUUUUUGUGUUGUUUGACAAUAGAAUCUGUAAUUCCUGAUAUUUAUUUAAUGAUCCUUAAUGAUAGUAAAUCUCUAUUCUAUUA